GCUAAAUCAGUGCGUUAGUCGAAAAAAGUACGGGAUCGGGUGGUUAGUUUUUUUUUCUUAAUAGCUGGUUUAUCCAAAAACUGUGUGUUGAACGCUUUUUGUUGUGUACGACGCACGGUUUUAGGUUCUUGGGAGACAGGAGUGAACAAGACAGGAAGCUCUUUAUCUUUUCUGGAGCGUAGUUUUUGGGGCAGGGAAGGGGAGUACAAAUAAAGAGGAGGUGAAUUACACGAUUGUGUUAGAUGGCGAUAAGUACCGCGAGGAAAGAAGAAUAGAGCAAGGACAGGGACAGGGGUGCUCGCGGUAUUAGGAUGGCCACUCGGUCAAAUUGAGGAGUGAGGUUUGAGCAAACCUGUGAAGGAGACGAGGGCAUGAGCCAUAUGACACCUGGAAGGAGAGCAUUUCCGGCCCAGGGAAGAGCUAGAGCCGAAACCUAGAGGAGCUGGAGACCGGUGUGGCGGGAGGGAGCGAGCAAGGGGGAGAACGACAGAAAGUGAGGUCCGAGCCGGGGGAGCAGCGUGCAGUUCAGGUGGGGCCCUGUUGGCCUCUGUAAGGAGUGUGGCCUUAUUUAUUCAGAGUGAAGUGGCAACCAGUGCAAGGUUUUGAGCAGAGGAAUGAGUGGUGUGAGUAAGUUUUGUUAGAAUCGUUUCUGGCUGCUGUAGGGAAUAGAUUGGGGAGAACAGGAGUGAGGCGAGGCCACGUAUUAGGAAUAGAUAAGUUCAAGAGCAUCCCUGCGGCCAUUGAAAAGGCUGACUUCUAAAGAUGGGGAUGGCAGUCACUAUAGGAGCGCUUACUUUUCCUGGUUAGUGUGGUGGAUAUGCUAGGCUGUAUGGCGCACUUCCCAGGCAUUGUCUCAUUUAAUCUCAGGACAGUCCUCAGAGGGCCGUGCUGUCACUGAGCCUGAGGACCAAGGCUUAUGGAGAAGUGACUGCUCAGUGAACGUUUACUCUUUAAGUUCUACUUAUGCUUAUCCCUGCCACCGGCAUCCAUCUCCAUCAGCACAGUCAUUAACGCUUUAACAAUACAAGAAAAAAAAAUUUUUUUUUUUCUGUUAUGUGCCAAGCAAUGAAUGAGACAGGUCAGGUUCUUUUUUCCCUGCUCAUCUAGUCAGGGGAGGCUGUAGUGACUGGGAAAGCAAAGCACUAAGCAACUAUUGCUGUUGUCCUGAAACCAAAGACUUAACCUGAACGCAUAGGCCUACCACUACCACCAUUCACUGGUUUAGUAAGUUGACAGGUGUUUGUUAAAUACUGCUUCUGUGCUAGGCAUCGUGAAUAUUAGUGUUUGUGGAAUAGAUGGGUGGAUGUAGCGCUUUGAUCCUGACUUUUCAUUUUUCUCUGGAGCUCAUUAUCAGGGCGCGGUUGCACCUGGGCCUGACCUGGAGGGGUUUUUGUGCCUGCUACUCCAUAGUGGGGAAACCCUGGUGGCGUAUCGGUUAAGUGCUACUGCUGCUAACCAAAGGGUCGGCAGUUCAAAUCUGCCAGGCGCUCCUUGGAGACUCUGUGGGGCAGUUCUACUCUGUCCUAUAGGGUCGCUGUAAAUCGGAAUCGACUCGACGGCACUGGGUUUGGUUUGGUUUUGGUUUAGUCCAUAGUGGUGUGACCAAGGAGAAGGCACUUGGUUGACCUCAGUUUCCUGGUCUACAAAGUAGCAGUGUCAGGCUGGAUGAUCACUAAGGGUGCUUCUAGUCCUUGCUGUUUGAUAUGGUCCGGUUUUAUUAAUUUGGAGUAAAGGCCUAGAACAGGUCUUGGGAAGAACCAGGGUACUGUCCAUUUCCUUCACUCAAACCAAAAAAAAAAAAAAAAUCUGUUCUCAUAGUGACUCUAUAGGACAGAGUAGAACUGCCACAUAUGGCUUCCAAGGAGCGCCUGGUGGGUUCGAACUGCCCGCCUUUUGGUUAGCAGCUGUAGCUGUUAACCACUACACCACCAGGGGUUCCUUGCAUCGCUCAGCAAAUGUUUACUGAGGAUCUGGUGGUGCUGGUGAAACAUCAGUGAAGAAGAGAAGGCCUCCCUGAAGAGGUGACACGUGUGAUCAGCAAUGGAAAGGAUACCAGCAUCACCUGCCACAUAUGAAAGAAUAGUUUACAAAAAUCCUUCUGAGCACCACUACAUGAAAGUCCGCCUAGAAUUUCAGGAACAUGGGAUUGGACUGAAUGCUGCACAGUUCAAACAGUUGCUUAUUUUGGCUUUGAAGGACCUGUUCGGGGAGGUUGGUGCUGCCUUGCCCUUGGACGUCCUGACGUAUGAAGAGAAGACCUUGUCAGCCAUCUUGAGAAUAUGUAGCAGUGGUCUUGUCAAGUUGUGGAGCUCUCUGACCCUGUUAGGAUCCUAUCAAGGCAGAAAAUGUGCUUUCAGAGUGAUGCAGGUGUCUCCAUUUCUUCUUGCAUUAUCUGGCAAUAGUAGGGAACUAGUAUUGGGCUAGUAGUCUUCUAUUUCCGAAAUACUCAUCCACUCCCCAAAGGAUUUUUGGUGCCCG